AUGCACGUCUUCACGAGCCCUGCAGCGCGAGAUGCAAACAGGAUGCAAGCAGGACGCACGCCUGCCUCGGGCCUUGGGACAUUUUGUACGAGUUGCCUCUUUGGCGCUGCAGUAAGUAAGCAGUCCUCAACGCCGGCCUUUUGCCCGGCCCAAGCAUUGGAGGGCUCUGCCGACGCCAUUUUCUUAUUCCGGGCCUAG